AGAGUUUCGUUACACUACUUACCUCCCUUGCCCAAAAGCCCAAAGGUGAGUUUUCCUACGUCUUACUUCCCGGUGGCAGUGGUGCGAACCUCGCACGCCCUCAUGAGCAUGUUCAACUGACGAAUAGGUGACAGUGGUGAGACGAACCUCACACACCCUCUUCAGCAUGUUCAACUGACGAAAUUGAGAAAUGGAAGGAAAUCCGGACUCACGUGACCAUCAGACGACCGGACGCCUCACAGAGGAAGCAGCUGAUUUACUGAGGAGGACUGAACAAGGGAGACAACCUACUGCCACAUCUUCAAUACAGCACAACUACAGUGGUCCAGUGACUCAAGUGGACUUGACCAAUGCUACCAAUGUCUCCGUCUUCGUCGGGGAACUAGGAGCUAGAGGCUGUCUGUCACAAGAACGUUACUGUCAGAAGGUGGAACUGCUCAAGGAGUAUUUUGUGGACAUCCAUGCCCUCCAGACAGCCCAACAGCUCCUUGAGAAGCAUGGCCAUGUCAGCAUCUGUGGAGCUCCUGGAGAUGGGAAGACCAGCAUUGCUCUGAAGAUCUGUGAGGCAUAUCAACAAAAGAGAUAUAAAACAUUGUUUGUGGAAAACAUUGAACGUUUUGACGUUGAUACAAUUUCUAAACGACAAUCACACAUGCUGGUUGUUUUUGAUGAUAUAUUUGGUUCUGUCACAUUCAGUUCAAAUUUGGAAAAACUACAUGAAUUGUUCAGUGCCUUGGUUGAUGAUCUUGCUAAAACCGUCGCUGAUAAAGAGCGGGAUUCCAAGAAGAAGAAAGAUAAACAAUCAAAAGAUAAGGAACAAUCCAAUGAAGAAACCCCCAUCUACAGACUAAAGCUUGUUUUUACAUCUAGGACAUACAUCUGGAAGGAGGGGUGUUCAAGACUACAUCAGUACAAAGUGGAUCUACUUAAAACAGAGGCUAUGCUUGAUAUGACUAAAGACCAUCUCAGGGUUGAAGAAAAGAAACGUAUGUUACGUUCCUACAAGAGCAAACAUCCUACAUGUGAUAUCUCUGAAAAGGAUAUUUGUAGCAUCACAGAUUCAAAACAAAACAUAUUUGGAUUCCCUCUUAUCAGCAGACUCUUUUUCACUCGUGCAGUCUUUCAGAUGCACAACGUGAAAUUCUUCAAUAAUCCUCUGACCUACCUGAGAGGUGACCUUGACGCAAUUGUCCGGGAAAAAAGCAAUAGAUCGGCAGCCAUCCUUCUCCUGAUCCUGUGUGAUGGAAACCUGAACCUUGUUUCUUUGCAGUCACGGAAAGCUGGAAAUGUCAAGUUUGAUGCUGUGAAAGACGCAGUUCCUUGUUGUACAAGCAUCGGCGUUGCCGAGGAGAUCGCAAACUUUACUGGGGUCUACUGUACAGUCGAGGAUCACAUCGCAUCUUUCUCUCACCCCUCCAUAUACGAUGCUGCAGCCUGUGCUGUAGGACAUCUCAAUAUCGUGUUGCUGCUAAAACACUGCUCCCUUAAAUUCAUGUAUGAAAGAGUGAGGCUGGGUAAAGGUAUACAGUCAUCUGACAUUGAUGAUGUCACAAACAUGAUCUACAUAACCCCCCAACUACACCAAACAGUAGUGGACAGAAUUGUGGAAGGUAUUCGACAAGGAUGCUUCAUUUGGACAGUGAAACAUUCAGUUCUCCGUGAUGAGAGGAAUGCCUCCCUACUAUGGACAGAGAUUAAUAACAUUGUUGAUAUUGUCGAACAAAAGGAUAGGGACUCAGGUGAAUGCUUUUUGUAUUUAGCUUCCCUAUCUGAGAGCUACUUUCUAUUCUCAAAGUCAUUAGAAGUUGUUGUAAGACGGGGUGACACAUCAACUGAUCUAUACGACUGUGUGGUAGCCUGUGUUACUCAUGGCAAACUGAAACACUUGGAACACCUCGUUACAGUCAUGAGUCUACAUGGAGGAUUUGAUGUUGAAUUUUCCAUAGACGGGAAAACCCUUCUGAUCAUGGCUGCCAAGUCAGAACAGUCAGAGGUGUUCAACUUCCUCAUCCAGAAGGGUGCUGAUAUUUCAGUGAGGGACUGGACAGGAAACACCUGUUUACAUUAUGCCUGUGAAUCAGGAAGUAUGGCGUUGACCAGAAAGGUGGUUGAAAUGCAUCCUGUUUUACUAAAUUCCAUGAGUUUUGUGGGUUUAACACCUGCAAUGCUUUGUGCCAAAGCAGGUCACCUUUUGAUCCUGAAGUUCCUGAAACAAAAAGGAGCCGAUUUAACUCUUACCGACUGUAAAUUUUCAGAUUGUUUGCACUUGGCGAGUGAAAAUGGCAAUCUGUCAACUGUGAGGUUUUUGAUUUCGCUGAAAAUGUUUCAUGUGAACAAGAAGGGAACAUAUUUAAUGCAAACAUCAGCUAUGAAGGCAGCAAAAGGAGGACACUAUGAUGUUUAUCAUCUCCUUGUAUCUGAGGGUGCAGAUAUGACCCUUACUGAUGUAUACGACAGAGACUGUCUGAUGUUGGCAUGUGAGGGAGGUAACAUAUCUAUAGUGAAACAUGUCUUGUCAAUAAAAACAUGCGACAUCAACAGACGGGGAGGAAGGUGGAAACAAACACCAGUUAUGAUGGCAAUGGAAGGAGGACACUAUGAUGUUUAUCAUCUGCUUGUGUCUGAGGGUGCAGAUCUGACCCUUGCUGAUGAAUACAACAGAGACUGUCUGAUAUUGGCAUGUAAGGGAGGUAACAUAUCUAUAGUGAAACAUCUCUUGUCAAUGAAAACAUGGGACAUCAACAGGCGGGUAGGAUGUCUUCAAGAAACACCAGUUAUGAUGGCAUUGGGAAGAGGACACUAUGAUGUUUAUCAUCUGCUUGUGUCUGAGGGUGCAGAUCUGACACUUACUGAUGAUGGCAACGCAGACUGUCUGAUGUUGGCAUGUAAGGGAGGAAACAUAUCUAUAGUGAAACAUGUCUUGUCAAUGAAAACAUGGGACAUCAACAGGCGAGGAGGAGUGUUUAAACAAACACCAGUUAUGAUGGCAUUGGAAGGAGGACAUUAUGAUGUUUAUCUUCUCCUUGUGUCUGAGGGUGCAGAUCUGACACUUACUGAUGAUGGCAACGCAGACUGUCUGAUGUUGGCAUGUAAGGGAGGAAACAUAUCUAUGGUGAAACAUGUCUUGUCAAUGAAAACAUGGGACAUCAACAGGCGGGGAGGAGUGUUUAAACAAACACCAGUUAUGAUAGCAUUGGAAGGAGGACAUAAUGAUGUUUAUCAUCUCCUUGUGUUUGAGGGUGCAGAUCUGACCCUUACUGAUGAUGGCAACACAGACUGUCUGAUGUUGGCAUGUAAGGGAGGAAACAUUUCUAUAGUGAAACAUGUCUUGUCAAUGAAAACAUGGGACAUCAACAGGCGGGGAGGAGUGUUUAAACAAACACCAGUUAUGAUGGCAUUGGAACGAGGACAUUAUGAUGUUUAUCAUCUCCUUGUAUCUGAGGGUGCAGAUCUGACACUUACUGAUGAUUACAACAGAGACUGUCUGAUGUUGGCAUGUGGGGGCGGAAACAUAUCUAUAGUGAAACAUAUCUUGUCUAUGAAAACAUGGGACAUCAACAGGCGGGGAGGAGAGUUGAAACAAACACCAGUUAUGACGGCAUUGGAAGAAGGACACUAUGAUGUUUAUCAUCUCCUUGUGUCUGAGGGUGCAAAUCUGACACUUACUGAUGACGACAACAGAGACUGUCUGAUGUUGGCAUGUGUGGGAGGAAACAUAUCUAUAGUGAAACAUGUCUUGUCAAUGAAAACAUGCAACAUCAACAGGCGGGGAGGAGAGUUGAAACAAACACCAGUUAUGAUGGCAAUGGAAGAAGGACAUUAUGAUGUUUAUCAUUUCCUUGUAUCUGAGGGUGCAGAGCUGGCCAUUACUGAUAAAAACAACAGAGACUGUCUGAUGUUGGCAUGUGUGGGAGGAAACAUAUCUAUAGUGAAACAUGUCUUGUCAAUGAAAACAUGCGACAUCAACAAUCGGGGAGGAUAUUUGAAACAAACACCAGUUAUGAUGGCAAUGGAAGGAGGACACUAUGAUUUUUUUUUUCUCCUUGUGUCUGAGGGUGCAGAUCUGACACUUACUGAUGAUUACAACAGAGACUGUCUGAUGUUGGCAUGUGAGGGAGGAAACAUAUCUAUAGUGAAACAUCUCUUGUCAAUGAAAACAUGGGACAUCAACAGGCGGACAAGAUUUCUUAAACAAACACCAGUUAUGGUGGCAUUGGAAGGAGGACACUAUGAUGUUUGUCAUUUCCUUGUGUCUGAGGGUGCAGAUCUGACACUUACUGAUGUAUACGACAGAGACUGUCUGAUGUUGGCAUGUGAGGGAGGAAACAUAAUUAAAGUGAAACAUGUCUUGUUAAUGAAAACAUGGGACAUCAACAGGCGGGGAGGAGAGUUGAAACAAACACCAGUUAUGACGGCAUUGGAAGAAGGACACUAUGAUGUUUAUCAUCUCCUUGUGUCUGAGGGUGCAGAUCUGACCAUUAUUGAUGACGACUACAGAGACUGUCUGAUGUUGGCAUGUGAGGGAGGAAACAUAUCUAUAGUGAAACAUGUCUUGUCAAUGAAAACAUGCGACAUCAACAGGCGGGGAGGAGAGUUGAAACAAACACCAGUGAUGAUGGCAAUAGAAGGAGGACACUAUGAUGUUUAUCAUCUCCUUGUAUCUGAGGGUGCAGAGCUGGCCAUUACUGAUAAAAACAACAGAGACUGUCUGAUGUUGGCAUGUGAGGGAGGAAACAUGUCUAUAGUGAAACAUGUCUUGGCAAGGAAAACAUGCGACAUCAACAGGCGAACAAGAUAUUUGAAACAAACACCAGUUAUGGUGGCAUUGGAAAGAGGACACUAUGAUGUUUAUCAUCUCCUUGUGUCUGAGGGUGCAGAGCUGACACUUACUGAUGACUACAACAGGGACUGUCUGAUGUUUGCAUGUGAGGGAGGAAACAUACCAAUAGUGAAACAUGUCUUGUCAAUGAAAACAUGUGACAUCAACAGGCGGACAAGAUAUUUGAAACAAACACCAGUUAUGAUGGCAUUGGAAGGAGGACACUAUGAUGUAUAUCAUCUCCUUGUAUCUGAUGGUGCAGAUCUGACACUUACUGAUGAUUACAACAGAGACGGUCUGAUGUUGGCAUGUAAGGGAAAAAACAUGUCUAUAGUGAAACAUGUCUUGUCAAUGAAAACAUGGGACAUCAACAGGCGGGGAGGAGAGUUGAAACAAACACCAAUUAUGAUGGCAAUGGAAGGAGGACACUAUGAUGUUUAUCAUCUCCUUGUAUCUGAGGGUGCAGAUCUGACACUUACUGAUGUUCACAACAGAGACUGUCUGAUGUUGGCAUGUGAGGGAGGAAACAUAUCUAUGGUGAAACAUGUCUUGUCUUUGAAAACAUGGGACAUCAACAGGCGGGGAGGAGUGUUGAAACAAACACCAGUUAUGACGGCAUUGGAAGGAGGACAUUAUGAUGUUUAUCAUCUCCUUGUGUCUAAGGGUGCAGAUCUGGCACUUACUGAUGAUAGCAACACAAACUGCCUGAUGUUGGCAUGUAAGGGAGGAAACAUAUCUAUAGUGAAACAUGUCUUGUCAAUGAAAACAUGGGACAUCAACAGGCGGGGAGGAGUGUUGAAAGAAACACCAGUUAUGAUGGCAUUGGGAAGAAGACUCUAUGAUGUUUAUCAUCUCCUUGUGUCUGAGGGUGCAGAUCUGACCCUUACUGAUGAUAACAACAGAGACUGUCUGAUGUUGGCAUGUGGGGGCGGAAACAUAUCUAUAGUGAAACAUGUCUUGUCUAUGAAAACAUGGGACAUCAACAGGCGGACAGGAUUUCUUAAACAAACACCAGUUAUGGUGGCAUUGGAAGGAGGACACUAUGAUGUUUAUCAUCUCCUUGUAUCUGAGGGUGCAGAUCUGACACUUACUGAUGUAUACGACAGAGACUGUCUGAUGUUGGCAUGUAAGGGAGGAAACAUAUCUAUAGUGAAAGAUGUCUUGUUAAUGAAAACAUGGGACAUCAACAGGCGGGGAGGAGAGUUGAAACAAACACCAGUUAUGAUGGCAUUGGAAGAAGGACAUUAUGAUGUUUAUCAUCUCCUUGUGUCUGAGGGUGCAAAUCUGACCAUUACUGAUGACGACUACAGAGACUGUCUGAUGUUGGCAUGUGUGGGAGGAAACAUAUCUAUAGUGAAACAUGUCUUGUCAAUGAAAACAUGCGACAUCAACAGGCGGGGAGGAGAGUUGAAACAAACACCAGUUAUGACGGCAUUGGAUGGCGGACACUAUGAUGUUUAUCAUCUCCUUGUAUCUGAGGGUGCAGAGCUGGCCAUUACUGAUAAAAACAACAGAGACUGUCUGAUGUUGGCAUGUGAGCGAGGAAACAUGUCUAUAGUGAAACAUGUCUUGUCAAUGAAAACAUGCGACAUCAACAAUCGGGGAGGAUAUUUAAAACAAACACCAGUUAUGAUGGCAUUGGAACGAGGACACUAUGAUGUUUAUCAUCUCCUUGUGUCUGAGGGUGCAGACACGACACCGAAGACGACAACACAGACUAGUACAUUGUUGCGUGUAUUUAUGUAACUCGACACCAAACUGAUGAGGGCUUCUUGCAUCUGGCACCCUUCCUCAACCAGUGUCUGAGCAAGGUCUUUUCAUGUGAGUGGAGGAAAAGGCAGGACAACGGGACGAUGUUCCUGGUUGAUUUAGCGUUGAGAAUUCACACUAGCAUCACCACAGAUUCCUUGCCACACCAUGUCGAUCGACCUCCAGAUCACAACAAACAUGCCUGCCAUUUCCCUCAUCGGUGGUGUACUCUGAUAAUCCUAUCAUCGUUGGCAGCGACUCUUUUAUCACAGAACAGUCUUUGCCAGUUGCUGUUCUGCCACUAACAAAUUACGUGUGCAAAUCUCAGUCUCUGAUGUCGAGGUUGGCGUCUUGGGGCUACUCAAUGGAAUGAUAUAAACGCCUGAAUACCAUGCACAAUCAGAGUCACUGUCCUCCUGCUGACUGGACGAUCAACGAUUGUUGCAGCUGAUGACGUCACCACCAAAAAUCUUUCCUGGGAUGCAAAACCCCAAGGUAGCGUUGUCGUUCGGGCUGAUCAAGGGUGAUCUGCUGCAUCUAGGUCUUUCCCUGGCACUGUCUCUUUGGUUGAAACGAGCCAUCAAUCUGGUGAUUGAGAUGUGUGUGCAGGCUAAGGUUGUUGCUACAUCUCUUUGGGUAGCCCCCAUCUGUAUCAUACCAAUGGCCCUUUCUCUCUGCUCAGGCGAUAAUCUUGGCAUAAGUGUUGCUUUGUGUAAAUUCUGAUCGAAUUGGCUUUUAUACCCUUUGGAGAUCAUUCUGCACGUGUGUAUUGCCUUUUGAUUAUUUAAAGCCAAAUCUUACAUAUUUGAGUUUUCAAAGACGGUCAUGUUGUUUGAGACCUGUGAAGAUCUUCAGCAACCCAUGCUUGCUUUAAAAGGCGGCUUUGCUUGUCGUAUGAGGCGUCUAACCGGUUGGGUGGUCAGGCUCGCUGACUUGGUUGAUGAAUGUC